AUGGCUUCACUUAAUGGUUUUUUUAACCACUUAACUUAUUUUCUGGCUGCUGGUGCUGUUACUUUGGGAAUUGGUUUCUUUGCUUUGGCAUCAGCUUUGUGGUUCCUGAUUUGCAAACGAAGAGAAAUAUUUCAAAAUUCCAAAUUUAAAGCAACUGAUGAGAGAUGCAGGCAAAGAUCAUUAAAGGGAAAGAUUAAAUCUCAUUCUCAGUGUGUCUUUAUUUCUCGAAAUUUUCAUACUGGAGGAUUCCAAUCACAGGAGGAGCAAAGAAAAAAGGAAACAGCACAUAUAAAAGUAAUAAAAGAUCACUCUAAAGAUGAAUUCUGCCUUGCACCAAAAAAGGUCAUUUGUGACCCCUCAGAGACUAGCUCGGCAAUACAUCCCAGCAGUGUUACCUUAAGCUUAUCAACACUACCAUCUAAUUCUUAUUACAGCCAAAGUAUAGAAGCAGCUGAUGACUGGUUUUCUGAUGAUACUCUAGCAAAAAAGAGCUCUCCAGUUCCUUUUCUCAGGGAACCUCUAAUGGAAAAAGUAUUUUCAUACCUGUCAACAAUUUCAUUAGAAGAUUGUACUGAAAAUGUACUGAAUAUGACACUUUAUGAUGAUCAGAAAGAUGACAGCAUUAAGGAAAUAUUUUCACGAAGAAAUACAGAGGUUGAAAUACAAAACCUUCAACAUAAUAUUGAAUGACUUUUUUCUUUUGAAACAUUGUAUAUACUGAAGUCAUGGAAAGUUAAAACGGAAUUACCAGCUUCUGAGGCUCUUAACAUGUCCAUACUAAUAUUACUUGUUUGUUACCAUAGAGUGGUCCUACUUCCCUUGCCAAUUCUUAUUUCUAGAAACAAAAUUACAGGAAGCAGUAGAGUGACAUCAUGAACAUUAAGCUCAACUCCUUGUAUCUCAUCAAAGGACAUAAUAAAUAAUAUGAAUGUAUUUCAGCAUACAAGAGAAAUACUUUAAGAAAUCUUCAGCACAAAUAGACUUUUGAAUAAAACAUUCACAGCAUUUCCU